UAAAAAAGUCACAAGAUGAAGUGUCGUAUAAUUUCGAGAAUGACGGUCUAAAGGGGCGUACAGUCCAAGCGUCGCUGCUUUCUGCUGUUGACUCACUGUGGAAAACACUCAAUAGAUGCUUUCCAUCGGUUAAGACUUGAAGGAGGACCAGUUUUUAAAUACCUGAUCAUGUCUGUCCACUUCGACCCAGGGUCAGAUGCUGGAGUGAAUGGAAACGUUGCAAAGAUGGAAGAUGCAAAAGUGGAGAUCGAUAAUGGAAAGGAGGAGAGCGCACUCCCAGACACUCUUUACCACAACAUCCGCAGAGUGAUAACUCCAUUUGUCAUGUCCUUUGGAUUUCGCCUCUUUGGAGUGGUGCUGAUCAUCGUGGACUUUGUUCUUGUGAUUGUGGACUUCUCGUUGCCCGCCAGGAGCAGAGAGGUUGGCCACGCUUUGGAAGCCGUGUCCCUCAGCAUCUCCUUUUUUUUCCUGGCUGACGUCCUCCUGCGGGUCUAUGUGGAAGGCUUCAAGGUGUACUUCAGCUCCAAGUUGAACAUCGUAGAUGCCUGUGUCGUCGUGGUGACGCUGGUCGUCACCAUGGUCUACACCUUCAGUGACUUGUCGGGGGUCAGCCUCAUUCCCAGGGUUGUUAACUUCUUUCGCUUCUUGAGGAUAAUAAUCCUCGUGAGGGUUUUCCGACUAGCAGCUCAGAAAAAGGAGUUGGAGAAAGUCACUAGAAGGAUGAUUUCUGAGAACAAGAGGCGUUACCAGAAGGAUGGAUUUGACCUUGAUCUUACAUACGUCACAGAUCGUGUCAUAGCGAUGUCCUUUCCUUCCUCUGGGAAGCAGGCCUUUUAUAGAAAUCCAAUCAAGGAGGUGGCCAGGUUUCUAGACACUAAACAUGAAGGCCAUUAUAAAGUUUAUAACCUCUGCAGUGAGAAAGGUUAUGACCCUCAGCACUUCCACUACAGAGUUGAAAGGGUCUUCAUCGACGACCACAACGUCCCUUCUUUGGAGGAUAUGCUGAAAUUCACGGCGAGCGUCAGGGAGUGGAUGUCCGCUGACCCCCAAAACAUCAUCGCCAUUCACUGCAAAGGAGGCAAAGGACGCACAGGCACCAUGGUGUGCACCUGGCUCAUUGACAGCGACCAGUUUGAGAGCGCACAGGACAGCCUUGAGUAUUUUGGCGAGAGGAGGACAGACAAGAGUCGGAGCUCGAAGUUCCAGGGGGUGGAGACUCCCUCCCAGAGCCGUUAUGUUGGAUACUACGAGGUGAUGAAGACCAAGUUCAGCAGACAACUGCCUCCACCUCAAAGCCUCACAAUCAAAAGCCUUCGCAUUCACUCUAUAGCAGGUGUGGGUAAAGGUGAUGGCAGCGAUCUGAAGGUGAAGAUAAUCGUGAAGGGGGAGCUGGUGUUUCAGUGCGUGUGUGCCCAACAAGAAAACUGCACAGUAUUUCCUGAUGCGGGCAGCAAUGCAGCCGUCAUCAGCCUGCAGAACGGGCCUGUGGUUGAAGGGGAUGUGAAGGUUAUGUUUGAGUCGAGUGCUGGGCUUCCUAAAGGAUAUGAAGAUGUUCCCUUCUACUUCUGGUUCAAUACUUCUUUCGUGGAGCAUAAUAAGCUGUUUUUGCCCAGAGACGAGCUGGAUAACCCACACAAACCAAAAACAUGGAACCUGUACAAGGAGGACUUCGGGGUCACCGUUUUCUUUUUGUCCGAAUCUAAGUAAAGCGGCUGAAGAAACGUGGAAAAUGACAUCACCUGUUGGUUUGACGGUGAUUAAAAAAAAAAGAAAAAAAGGGGGGGGGGCUUAUUGGAGCACUAAUAUGACUUUUGUCUACGGUUUCAUUAUCUGGAAUGUUGCAGAAUCCACAUCUGAGCCAAAAAUUCUUCAUCCUGAAAUGUUCCUUACUGUUGUCACAUAAAAUGUAUAUAAGAAUGUGUGUCAUUAAAACAAAUUUAGAUCAA